UAUGAUGCCGGAGGUAAAUGUGGAAUCGGCGACCUGUGACAGGCCGUAGAUGUGAACCGCAGGAGAGGCAGCGGUGUGACCUCGGAAGUAAAUAACACACUCAAACGAUAAAAUGCUUUUUAAUAGACAGCAUUUAUUUGCUAAAUGUAACAUCUGUAAACACGGUUCGGUGUUUAUCGUGCAGAGAGGUGUGAUGGCUGGAUGUGGUUGUGGAGUAUGAAAAAGGGAAACGGUGCAGUCUGGGCUCCAGCCUGAUCGGGACUACAGAAGAGAGGGAGGUGCAUCUGCUCACGUUUUGCUCCUGAGUUGCCUGGGUGCCCACCCCCUAUCCUAUCCUAUCCUAUCCUACCCUGCCCUGCCCCUGUUCCCCUGUUCCCUUGUUCCCCCAUUCCCCAAAAGUGGGCCGCCAUGACAACGGGGGAGUGCUGCCACCUCCCAGGCUCUCUGUGUGACUGCACGGGCAGCGCCGCCCUGUCUAAGGCCGUGGAGGAGUCCAACGUCCGACGGGCACAUUACAUCACCCAGGUCACGGCCAAGGACGGCCGGCUCCUCUCCACUGUCAUCAAAUCCCUGGGCCCACAGAGUGAUGGCCCCAUCUGCCGCAUCUGUCACGAGGGGAGCAGCGGCGAGGGGCUGCUCUCACCCUGCAGCUGCACAGGCACCCUGGGAGCAGUGCACAAGAGCUGCCUCGAGAAGUGGUUGUCCUCCUCCAACACGAGCUACUGCGAGUUGUGCCACACGGAGUUUACCGUGGAACGAAGGCCCCGGGCCCUCACCGAGUGGCUAUGGGACCCUGGGCCGCGCACCGAGAAGCGGACGCUCUUCUGCGACAUGGUUUGCUUCCUGUUCAUAACCCCACUGGCAGCCAUCUCGGGCUGGCUGUGUCUGCGGGGGGCCCAGGACCACCUGCACUUCAACAGCCGCCUGGAGGCCGUUGGCCUCAUCGCACUUACGAUCGCCCUUUUCACCAUUUACGUCCUCUGGACGCUGGUGUCAUUCCGCUACCAUUGCCAGCUGUACUCGGAGUGGAGGAGGACCAACCAGAAAGUCCGCCUUCUCCUUCCUGAUGCCAAGGGCGCGCACGCGACUGAGCUGUCCUCGCUCACCUCCACACUGGCGAAGAAGAUGGCGGAAGAGAGCGUUGUAUGAGAGCUCCAAGGAGUAGCGCAGAGUCCAGAGCCCUGUAAAAUGCAUCACCUGGAGGAGAAGCCAGUGAAGAAGGAACAUGUCCUGCCUUCUCAGAUGGUGAAUGGUGUCGUGGUGCAGCACCCUGCAGAGGAAUGGAGUUGCGCUUUCUCAUAUAGGUGGAAGAGCUCCUAUGUGGUUAAGGGCAAGCCAGGUAUCAUGUGCUUUUUUCCCAUUUUUGUUAUAUUCUUCGCAGCUCACUCUCACGUAUAGCCUUGCUAGCACCUUUCUGAAUUUUUCCAGUUCUACCUGCUGUGUCAUUGACCCCAGGUUCAAAUAAGAAAUGAUGGAAGAUUACUGUACUAGCUCUCUGCCAGGACAUGGUAAGGGAUCCGUCAAAAUAUCCUUUAUGCCCUUUGGAAAGAAAAUCACAGAAGGUGGAUUUUGGAGCAUCUCAUGACUUUAUACUAUUGAAAAAUCCUAAGGUUCUUUCCCCCAGGGAGAGAAGCUAAAGAUCAUUUUCCUUUCUUGCAGUGUGAGUGGGCUAUUGCUAAAGCUCUGUGCCAUUGAGCACUUAUGUCAGGUCCUGUUAGGCUGUUCUUCCCUCAGUGUCCCUCAGCAGAGCAGGACAAGAGUUCUUUUCCUUCCUGGGAGCAGGCCCAAGGUGGAGUGUCCUCCGAGAUCUGCAUCGGUGUCAGAGCUGCGGUCUGCGAAUCCGCUGUGGACAAAUCUGUGCUGCUUUUCCCCCUGUUUUUCAUGAACCCACAUGAAGGCGCUACCUCUCCAUUGCACUUUCAGCGUGUUCUGAACACAGCCAAUGUCUUGUUAUGUAAUCCCACACACAGGAUGGCUAUAUUGAAAAGAACGCACAACGUAAAAGCGGAGGAAACAACUAAAUUGCACCUUUCUGCAAGUUUGUCUGGGUUCAAUCUCAAAAAAUACACUUUCAGUCUAAGGGAAAUAAAACUUUCCGUGAGAGCUUUUAAGAUUGGACAGAUUUGCAGGGACGGUGACUGGAGCUGUUGUAACCCUGAUAUGUCCUGCCCUGGACAGAUUGUGCAAUACGAGAAGGUGCAAAACUAGAUAAGAUUAAAUCCUGUUUGAGAAGGUUUGGCUUCCAAGUUUCUUGGUAAUUGUUCUCUCUGUCAGAAGAGUGUAGCUCUGGUCAUGCUUUCAACAUUUUUAUACUGCUAUAAUAUAUCAGCAUAUGAAUAAAUCCUUGCAAGGAGAUGCCUCUUAGUGAGGGAAAUAUGCAAAAGCAUCAGUACACACUGGCCUUCCAGACUGUUCCUUUAUUCCUCCAAUUUGGUCGCAUUUAUGCCAAUGUUCAAGGUAUUCUUUCUUAUGUAUGAGCAUUUAAUGUAAUCAUUUACAGUGUAGAUAGAUGACAGUUGGUAGUGUAGUGGUUAGAACAACUGCCUUUGGACCCAAAGGUUGCAGG